AUGCCGCUGGGGGGGUCUCUGUGCGGUGCCACCGGGCUGGCACUGCUGGUGGCCGCCACGGCCACCCCGUUCUGGGCACAGCGCCGGGCACCGGGGGGCACGGCCAGCCUGGGGCUGUGGCACGGCUGCCUCGGGGGACAGUGCCACCCGCAUGCCACCACCCCAGCUCUCCUGGAGGCCACCCGGGCGCUGCUGCUGCUCUCGGUGGUGGCCGCGGCCGCGGGGCUCGUCCUGGGGCUGCCCCUGGGGCCCGGCGGGGCCCGGCGGGAGCGGGAACGGGCGGCGGGGGCCACCCUGCUGCUGGCAGGGCUGCUGUCCCUCCUGGGGCUCGGGCUCGGUUCUGGGGGGGCUCUGGCCCUGCUGGGCCCCCCCCGCAGCUCCUGGAGCUUCUCCUGGUCCUUCAUCCUGGCCUGGGUGGCGGCGGCGCUGCUGGCAUCGGCCGGGAUUUUCCACAUCUGCUCCGCUUCCAAGGACCCCUCCCCGGAGAGCUCCGAAGUUGGGGGGUCCUGA